UUUGGUCCAUUUGAAUUAAACUGAAAUAGCAAAAGCCCCAUCAAAAUGGAUGCUAUAAUGCCCUACAAUCAGCCACCCCACUUAAAUAAGAUGGAUGAUGAACAGCGUCACCGAUUUGUACAAUUCUAUCGAUCGUUGGAUGAGAAACCUUCUUCUACCGUUCGUUUCUUUAAUCACUUCACUGCAUAUACCGUUCUUGGCAAAGAUGACAUACAUCUCAUAUCCCGUAUGGUUUACCAAUCAUGUGCACAACUUAGUGAAAAGCAGCCUAAUGUUUUUGAGUCUAUACCAUAUCUAACCAUACCUAAACAUAAAUUCAAGCCCGUUAUUCGUCAGUUGCUGUUAAACAGCAACUAUCGUGUAGAGGUCUAUAGUCCUCGUUUCCUAUAUUCGGGUUGGAACAUUGAAUACUAUGGCUCGCCCAGUAAUUUAUUACAGUUUGAAGAUGUUUUAUUUACAACAACAAGCAGCAAAAAGCUAGAGAAUUAUAAGACUUUAUCGCUUCAAAUUUGUAUGAGAAAUAAUCAAAGACGUUUGGGAGUAACCAUAGUUGAUCAAAAUGACUGCAUGUUCCAUAUAAUGGAAUUUGAAGAUGAUGAGAAUUACACCGAAUUGAAAGCUGUUUUUGUAAUAUUGGCUCCUAUGGAAUGUUUGCUGCCAUCGACUGAAGGAGAGUACGGAUGUGUGAAGAAUCUUUUAGAGCAACAUGGCAUUAUGGCCACUGUGUUCCCAAAAUUUUUAAUUCCCAAUGACAUUGAGGAUUUCUUGCAUGACCUGAAUCAACUCUUGCGAGGUAGUAAAAACCAAAAAAGAAUUACAAUAAAUCAUUUUGCAUGGCGUCUGCCCAUGACCAUGGAAGCCUUAAAAAUGGCCAUGGAAUAUUUGAGGCUUGCCACAGAUACUGGUAGUUUGGAGCAAUAUCUUAUGAAGGAAUUGGAUUUGAAAGGAUAUUUACGUCUGGAUUUCGAUGCUGCAAAAAAUUUAAACAUUUUUCCGAAAAGUCACUUAUCAUCCACGUCUUCAUGUAUUUUGGAUAUCUUAGAUCAUUGUGUUACAGCUCAGGGCCACCGUCUAAUGUCACAAUGGGUACGACAGCCCUUAAACUGUGGCGAAACUUUAAACUACCGCCAUGAUAUUGUCGAAUGUUUUCUCAAUUCGCCCAAGAUUUUACAUUUGCUACACGAGGGCCAUUUAAAACGUAUUCCCGAUAUUUUAUUGCUAACCAAAAAACUGCGCCGUUUGAAAGCUGAUAUGCAAGAUAUAUAUUGCCUGUACAAAGUUAUAAUGCGUUUACCAAAAAUUAUAACACUUUUGGGUUCGCUCGAAAAUCUAGCGGUUACCAAAGUUCUGUGUGAACCACUGCAAAAUUGUUUAGAACAAUUAUUAUUUCCCCAACUGUGCUUGGAACCAAUCCUUGAUUUGGAGGCCUUUGAGAGGGGAAAGUUUUUGGUAAACCUUUCGCCUGACCGAGUUUUAUUGAAUCUCAGCAGACGCUUGUCCUAUCUGUUGGAAAAAAUGCAAAAAUCCCAAGAGCAAACAUUGCAAGAAUUGAACUUAGAAAAUAUUACAGCGUUAAAAUUGGUCAAUGUUGCUUAUCUGGGGUAUACCCUCAUCAUAAGUGAGAAAUAUGAAAGAGUGCUCUAUCAAAAUGAGAACUAUAAAGUUCUUGAUAUUUAUCGGGGCAAAAUAUUUUUCACUACACCAAUGUUAUCUUUAUUAAACGAGGAGUUUUCUACCCUUAGCAAACAAUAUGAGCAGGAGUAUAAUAAAAUUGUUAACGAAACAAUCAUCUUAGCUGCUUUUUAUACACCUUCCCUCAUCAAUUUAAACCAUGCAAUUGCCGAGUUGGAUUGUUUGCUAAGCUAUGCCAAAGUUGCUGAAGCAGAACCGAAGAAGUAUAUUAGACCCCUAAUAUUGAAAGAAGGAUCCGGACAAUGCAUAUUGGAAGAUAUCGAACCCUUAUGGCAAGAAAUGCAGCAUCAUAUAACAUUUAUUGCUUAUAAUGUGGACUUUCAAUGGGAUAUAAAAUCAACUCAUAUGCAAGCUGUGUAUACUAUCGUUCUAAUGGCACUAGUGGGUAGUUUUGUUCCUUGUAAGGAAGCUACAAUUUCAAUGUUUAACUCCAUAGCUAAUAGGCCACGCGCCGAUGAUCAUUUAAAGGUAUUGAGCACAUUUACAGAGGAACUGAAGGUAACAUCAGGCCUUAAAAAUUCUGAUGGUGAUAAACCUUUGGUGAUUAUCAAUGAGGCUGGUGCAAAAACUCCUUAUAUAUAUGGGGGAUGUGAAACACCAUGGUCCAUAGCAGAAAAUUUGGCCAAAGAAGGAAAAUAUUUUGCCAUAUUCGCUAUUAAUUCCAACUAAAUUACAAGUAUUUCUUAAAAAAAAAACACAUAAUCAUAUUAUUUUUUGAACUAAACCUUUAUAAUUAUAUUGAAAUCAAUUUUA